AUGCAUGAAGCUUUCGACUUCCCAAACACCUCGCAGUGGUCGAACAUCGACUGCGGUGCAUCAGCAUGGUCGUUGGACAGCAGCUUGCUUAGAUGGGAAACUGAUGACAGCUACGUCACGACCGGUCAAAAAAUGCUCGUAUCGCAAAGCAAGGAGCCCCGAGCCAUGAACACCCUUCGCUUCUUCCCGCAGGGCGAUGAGAGCUGUUACCUUCUGCCAGGCCAAGGCGAGAGCAGGGUGCUCCUUCGUGCCGGGUUCUACUACGGGAACUACGAUGGCAUCUCCAAGCCCCCCUCGUUUGACCUCCAGUUCGAUGGCCAUCAGUGGGCGACCGUUGCAACUUCUCUGGAUGAGGAUCCCAUCUACCAUGAAGUGGUUUAUAGGCACAAGGAAGGUAACAUCAGCGUCUGCCUUGUGAGGAGAGGAGAUGAUGGCGGGGUUCCCUUCAUUUCUUCCCUUGAAAUCAUGCCAUUUCCAGCAGAUGUAUAUAAAGAGCUGGAUGGGAACAUGCAUACGGCAUUCUAUCUACGGAGCAGAACAGAUUUUGGAGCCAUCGCAGACAUCAGGCAUGAUGGUUUGGACGAGAAGUAUAACAGAAUUUGGAAAGCAAAAGGAAUGCCAAAUUAUCCUAAUGCAUCUUGCUUGCCACCAAAAGCACCAACUGCUGACAAUGACCCUCCUCUCUCGGUUAUAAACACGGCUAUAACAGCAUCAAAUUCCUCGGACUCCCUUGUUUUGCUAAUUGAGCUUCCACCAACCAACGAGACAGCUUACAUCAUCCUAUAUUUCAUGGAGUUGGUCCUCUUCCCAGAUCCCAUCAAUGGCAGGAAGUUCGCAAUUUAUAUAAAUGGUCAGGAAAGUAACCACAACAUACAACUCAAAGACAACUCAUGCCAAGUGGUGUCUUUCUACACGAAUGAGUUCUCAGGCCCUGCCAAUUUGACAUUAUCUCCACUGGAGGGUUCUAUAUUACCUCCCAUCAUCAAUGCCAUGGAAGUAUUCACCACCAUCAACUUGGAUCAGGAAUCAGGUGCUCCAAGUGGCAACCACUUCAAUCCCUUCAUUAUGAGUAAAAGUCAACCAUCUUCUAUGCUUCUAGUACCUGUAAUCUUUGUCCUUGGUGUUGUUGCUUCGUUUUUGUAA